AUGCGUCAAAAGCGGGCCAAGACAUACCGCAAACUAAUGCAUCUGUAUUCCAUGUCUUUUGGAUUCAGACAGCCUUAUCAGAUUCUCGUGGACUCGGAAAUGUGCCAAAUAGCUAUAGAUGCAAAGCUGGAUCUCAUCAAACAGUUUUCUACCGUGCUCCAGGGAAAUGUGAAACCAAUGAUCACGCAAUGCUGUAUGCACGAGUUGUAUCUCCAAGGAAAAGCGCAGCAAUCUGCCGUUGACCUCGCAAAGACGUUCGAACGCCGCAAAUGCAACCAUCGAGAGGCUAUCCCCGGAGACGAAUGCCUCUCGAGCGUAGUAGGGGAUACCAACAAGCACCGGUAUGUGGUCGCUACGCAAUCGCAAUCCCUACGCAAUGGACUGCGCAUCAUACCUGCGGUACCUGUAAUUCAUAUAAAUCGCGCGGUCAUGGUACUCGAGCCACCGAGCGAAGCUACGCUGAAAGCCAAGGAACUGACUGAGGAACAAUCGCUUCGCCCGUCUGCCCCAGAGCUUGCGACCGUACCCCAGGAUAAACCAGUACCAAAGAAAAGGAAGGGCCCAAAGGGGCCCAAUCCUCUGAGCGUCAAGAAGAAAAAGAAUUCAAAUGCAGAAACCUCUACCCGACCUUCGCAAAACACCAAGGCCGAGUUGUUAGAUACUUCCUUGAGCACUCAAUUGCCAGGGCAGAAACGGAAACGUGAUUCUCAUGAUGAUAAGUGUGAAGAACAAACCCAAAACAUUGCCUCAACCAGGACGAGGAAGAGGCGUAGAAAGGCCCGUGCCGUUUCACCAUCUUCACCGUAG